UAACAUUCUCAUCCACAUCACUUAACUCACUUCUUUUCAUUCGAUUUUGUUCACUCUCAUUGCUCGAUACUUAAUACACUACUUCAUUCUUCGAAAUUUUUAUUUUUUUGCACUAAUGGCAAUUCAAGUCAUGUCCGAAAGAAUUGUAAAGCCAGCAGUUUCGACACCUGAUCACUUGAGAAUUUGCAAAUUAUCCUUCUUCGAUCAGCUCGCUCCCCCGGCACACGUACCUUUGGUGUCAUUCUAUCACAAUGACACCGUUAGCCGUGACCAAACCCGCAUGUAUUUAUCAAAAUCUCUAUCACAAGCGCUUGCUAGGUUUUAUCCAUUGGCCGGGAGAUUUGUUCGAGACGGGUUCUACGUUAAUUGCAAUGACGAAGGAGUCUUGUACGUUGAAGCAGAAGCCGAUCUCGAGCUAGAUGAAUUCCUCGGCAUUGCACGUAAAAACGUUGAGCGUGUCAAUGAUCUUGUUCCGUGGAACAGCAUUGGGGAGACUACUUUGGUGACGACUCCGAUUAUGGGAAUAAAAGUGACCGUGUUCAGAUGCGGUGGAUUAUCUAUUGCGAUACUUCUUUCGCAUGUUAUUGCUGAUGGAUACACAGCCGCCACAUUCGUUCAUGAAUGGGCUGCGACGACGAGUGAUCUCUUAGGCCUCGUCAAUCACGAAGAUGUUUUCGCUACAAAACCGAAUAAGUACGAAUUCGGUGUCGCGAAUUAUUUUCCAUCUCGAGAUUUAUCAGCAGAGAUCAAGCCGGCUUUAGUACCAUCUUCGAAGAUCAAGAAAGGCAAGAUUAUUACAAAGAGGUUCGUCUUUAAUGAAAACGCUAUACUAACGUUAAAAGCCAAGGUUACCAAAUCGAAAAAUAUGAGUCGCCCUACACGUGUCGAAGUUGUGACAUCCACAAUAUGGAAAUCUCUGGUUAACAUGGCUGCCAAGAAUUCAAUUCAUAAACAAUCGACAUUGUAUCUUCACCUCAAUCUUCGGGGAAGGACGAGGGCGAUGGCGCCUCCAUUGCCCUCGGACAACACUUCCCUAUGUGGAAACUUCUACAUGGAGGUUCCUACAAAGGUCAAUAACAACAAAACGGACGCAAGGGAACUGCAUGACCUAGUAAAUUUGUUGCGUAAAAGUUUAAGGAACGCUCUCGGGGAAUGUUCGAAAAUUUCGAGCCCCGGGGAAAUGUUCACGGAAAUAGCUAAGAAUUUUAACGAGAUCGAAGAGGAGAAGGGGAAUGAAGAAGUGGAUGUUCAUUUGUUGAGUACAUUGUGCAGGUUUCCUGUUUAUGAAGUUGAUUUUGGAUGGGGGAAGCCAGAGUGGGUGACUACUGGGGGGAUGCCUGUGGAGUUGAUAUUUUUGUUCGACACUAAAUGUGAGACGGGAAUAGAGGCUAUUGUGAACUUGAAUGAAGCGGAUAUGAUCGAGUUCGAAAAUGAUUCGGACAUUAAAGCGUAUACAACCUCGUAAUUAUUUGGAUUUUGUAAACAGGGUGGUAAAUCUGAGUUUGAUUCGUUGUUUUUACGGUACCAUUGUGGAACA